CGCCCGAGCCCGGGGUGCCUCUGCGCUGGGUCCGAUACCUGCGCUCCCCGCCGGGGGCUUGGCUUUGGCCCGUGGGGCUCCCACCCUGCGACCCCCAGCACCCCGGGUCCUCCUUGGCACCUCUCUAUGUCCACUCGCCGAGAGGGGCUUGCCCCGGCCUGGAGAGCGCCCAGUGGCCCCGGGCUCCCCGGGUCCCUGCCCUCGACCCAUCUUGCCGCCCGCCCCUUCGAGGGCCUCUAUGCCCACCCGGCCAAACGCCCCGAGUCCGCGUUCCGGUCCUCCUGACUUGCCACUCGCUCCUGCUAGAGGACCCUGCUCCUCAGGUGCCCCCUCCCAAACUUCCUACCCAGGUGUUUGCUCCAGGUGUUUCUGCAUCCCACCCAAGGACGCCCCCAAAUCCCCUCUCCAUCCCCCUCGGGGUGCUGACCCUUGACCCAGAAGGUCCCCUGCCCAUCCCCGCCUUCCCACCAGCCAGCCUCCACGCCCACCCCGCCUCCUCCUCCGGACCCCUCUGGGGCCUCAUGUCCUCGCCCUCCGCCCCCAUGGUCCCAGAGCAAGGCCCCGCCAAUCACAGCACCCCGGACUGGGGCUCGGGGCCGCCGCGGGCACCCGGGGGCAGCGGCUGGGUGGCCGCCGCGCUGUGCGUGGUCAUCGCGCUGACGGCGGCGGCCAACUCGCUGCUCAUCGCGCUCAUCUGCGCGCAGCCCGCGCUGCGCAACACGUCCAACUUUUUCCUGGUGUCGCUCUUCACGUCGGACCUGAUGGUGGGGCUGGUGGUGAUGCCGCCGGCCAUGCUGAACGUGCUGUACGGCCGCUGGGUGCUGGCGCGGGGCCUCUGCCUGCUCUGGGCCGCCUUCGACGUGAUGUGCUGCAGCGCCUCCAUCCUCAACCUCUGCCUGAUCAGCCUGGACCGCUACCUGCUCAUCCUCUCGCCGCUGCGCUACAAGCUGCGCAUGACGCCCGCGCGCGCCCUGGCGCUGGUCCUCGGCGCCUGGAGCCUGGCCGCGCUCGCCUCCUUCCUGCCCCUGCUGCUGGGCUGGCACGAGCCGGGCCGCGCGCGGGCACCCGCGCCGGGUCAGUGCCGCUUGCUGGCCAGCCUGCCCUUCGUCCUCGUGGCGUCGGGCCUCACCUUCUUCCUGCCCUCGGGCGCCAUCUGCUUCACCUACAGCAGGAUCUUGCUGGCCGCCCGCAAGCAGGCCGUCCAGGUGGCGUCCCUCUCCACCGGCGCUGCCGGCCAGGCCUUGGAGACGCUGCAGGUGCCCAGGACCCCACGCCCAGGGGUGGAGUCAGCUGACAGCCGGCGUCUAGCCAGCAAGCAUAGCAGGAAGGCCUUGAAGGCCAGCCUGACCCUGGGCAUCCUGCUGGGCAUGUUCUUUGUGACCUGGCUGCCUUUCUUUGUGGCCAACAUAGUCCAGGCCGUGUGUGGCUGCAUCUCCCUGGGGCUCUUUGACGUCCUCACGUGGCUGGGCUACUGCAACAGCACCAUGAACCCCAUCAUCUACCCUCUCUUCAUGCGGGACUUCAGGCGGGCCCUGGGCAGGCUCCUGCCGUGUCCCUGCGGCCCCCGGGAGCAGCAGCCGGGCCUCGCCUCGCCCUCCGUGCGGACCUCUCACAGCGGCGCGCGGCCCGGCCUGAGCCUGCAGCACGUGCUGCCCCUGCCCCUGCCGCCGGACUCGGACUCGGACUCGGGCUCGGGCUCCGGGGGCUUUCCUGGCCCACGGCUCACGGGCCAGCUGCUGCUGCCUGGCGAGGCCACCCGGGAUCCACCCCCUCCUGCCAGGGCCACUACUACCGUCAACUUCUUCAGCAUCGAUCGCACGGAGCCUGAGCUGCGGCCGCAUCCACCUGGGACCCCCACGAACUGAUGCAGGCGUGGAGAACUGGA